AUGAAGGGGGAGCCUGCUCCAGAGCUGGGUUGUUGCCACAAGACCAAGCCCCUGGGGAGCACAGGGGAUUCUUUGUCCCCCCACCUGGACUCCCAGCUCUGCAAAGAUGGCCAGGUCUUCCCAGCCUUCAAGCCACAUCCAGACACAGUGGAUCCUCAUGGCCAGUCCUGGGCCAGCUGGCUCUGCCCAUGGCCGCUGGCACCAGCCAAGUCUGCCCUGCUGGCCUGCCCCCAGGGCCUGGACCUAUACCUGUGCGCCCUGCAGUCGACAACCCCAGCAGCAGCCCCGCGGGGUCUCAGAGAGGAUGCUUUGAGCACACGGCACCUGCCACCAAGGCCGCCUGCCAGCUCCUCCAGUGGCGAGAAACUCCCAGCCAAGUGUCCUCCGAGCAGGGACAAGAUGGGAAGCCAGACAGAAAGAGCUGGCAAGGGGUCCCCCUGCCCAUCCUUCUCUCCUCCCAACAGUUCUUCCCUAAAUUCUUGGCAAAAUAAGAAGAGCCCCUUGGCUUUCUGCUCCUGCCCCACACCCCCACCCAACUCCAAAGAACUCUCCUCCCAUUUCUGCCCAUUCUACCCUGCCUACCCAUUUUUCCUGCCCCCUCCUUACCUGGUCACGUGGGGGGGCCUACCUUCAGUGCAGUGUCCCCCCCUCUUCAAGCUGCCCCAAGACACCCCCUAUGCCACCAUGGCUGUGCCCAGCUUGCUGAUUAACGUCAAUGAGCCUGAGCACCCCAGCACCUGGGCAGAGACCCUGCGCCCCUACCCAGGGGCCUGUCAAGACUCCGGCCAAACCCAACCCUCCCAGAGUCAGAAUCCGGGCCCUGCCACUGCCCGGACCUACUCCACGGGACCGGAGCGGGCUGGCAGGGCGGCUGCAGGAAAGCGGGCCCCGCUGGGCUCCCAGGCUGGCUCUGCAGCACUGCCUUACCCGCUGAAGAAAGAGAACGGCAGAAUCCUGUACGAGUGCAACGUGUGCAGUAAGAGCUUCGGGCAGCUCUCCAACCUCAAGGUCCAUCUGCGUGUGCACAGCGGGGAACGCCCGUUCCAGUGCGCCCUGUGCCAGAAGAGUUUCACCCAGCUUGCCCACCUGCAGAAGCACCACCUGGUGCAUACUGGGGAGCGGCCCCACGAGUGCCCGAUGUGUCACAAGCGCUUCAGCAGCUCCAGCAACCUCAAGACCCACCUGCGCCUGCACUCGGGGGCACGGCCUUUCCAGUGCAGUGUCUGCCCAAGUCGCUUCACCCAGCUCGUUCAUCUGAAGCUGCACCUUCGUCUGCAUGCCCCACGGCCCUGUGGUCUGGCUCACACCCACCUGCCCCUGGCAUCUCUCACCUACCUUGCCCGCUGGCACCAGGGGGCCCUAGAUCUUCUGGCAGUGCCAUCAGAGAGGCAGAUGGACUGGGACGUGGACAAGGUCAAGGUGUCCUCGGCAUCCUGGGGCCAGUAA